UUACCCUGCUGAACUACACACAAUUUCCCACUUUUGAACUUCUUAGAUCCAAAAUUCAGCAAUGUUUUCGAAUGAAUCGUCGCGCACUUUGCCCCCACAGCCGCCGAAAUGUCCGUGCCACCUGCCAGAUCGGCAGGACUGCGGUGAGCAGAACAAAGAAAUGCACUUGAAGUACCGCCAACUGGACAUCGAAGACGUUACCGAUAGCGUGAUGAAGGUCAUGAGGAUCUGUGGUCUCCGGCCUUGGGAGGUCAAGCGCAGUGCGGGGGUCAUCAAGCGAUCCCUCCAACACUACGAAGAGGUCGUCCAAAGGAUCGACCGUAUCCCUCGAAAGCGAUUCGCCAAGGAGAGCUUUCUGCACGGAAUGGCCUACGAGGCACAGAUUUCCCGCAUGGAUGCCCAGAUGGCCUACGCCAUUGUGAAGCGGGCCUUUAAGGCCUUCUACCAUGGCACGGGUAUGGGGGGUCGUCGCUACUUCUGCCUGCAGGACAAGGUGACCCACGUGUCGGAGUGCCUUUGGUUGCAUGCCGCUCGACGCACGGCCCAGAUCCAUGCCGCCCUGGCCGGACUCAUGCACUCCGAGGAGCUGCUGUUCGAGGAGCGGAUCGAGUGCGUCUAUAAGAACCUAUACGACGUCCUGCAGACGCGAGUUCUGUGGGCGGACAACGUAACCUGCAUCUGUGGUCAGGGUACGGCCCCUCAGUCGCAUGUGGUCUCCAACACGGGCUCCUCGCAAACGACCCAGAUGGAGGUGCUCUACGCCAGGCACAAGAUGGGCGCCAGCAGUGCCCCCUCGAAGACCUCCACUCGGGCAGGGACCCAAAAGCCAUCGGCGGCUGUCAGCGCCGCCUCCUCGCGGCACAAUCACAUCCUGAGGAGGGGCGACCAGACCAUGUCCAAUAAGCGGACUCCGGUAAGCGGCAGCAGCACCACCUCGGCCAGCCAGCCCAAGUGCAACUGCCCGCAUCUGCGAUGUUGCCGGGAAUACGGAGAGGCCCGGGAAUCGCCGGAGAUCACGGCGGAAUGCAGCCAGGGACCGUACAUCUGCCGAUGGCUGCCCUUCACCGAGGAGGACGAGGAGUUCCCCGAGCACCGAGUGCCAUUCCCGCCCCUGGAGGUGGUGUGUCCACCUUGUCCCAAGGAGGAUCUGUCCUGCGACUCUGAAUGCACCUGUACCUGCCAGGUGUGCACCUGUCGGCCGGCCUUCGAUGAUGGGGCCGGUGAGCAGGAGGAGCAAAUGGGCGAGAAGUUAUCCAAGACGGGGCUGGAGGAUCAGGACACGGACUUCUGCUAUGUAGGUCCCUUCCGGGGGAGCAGUGUCGAAAGGAUGGCCAGGCUAAAGGAGAGGGAGAAGCUACUUGAGGUGGAGGAGGAGCUCGAGGAGGUCGAGGAGGAGCAGGAUAUCCAGUGCGGCUGCACCUGCGAGUACAAGCAGCAUGCCUAUCCACACCUUUUCACCUAUCUGACGCCCUUCAAGAUCAAGAAGGAGGCGGAGGAGGAGCCCCAGCCAAAGGUGGAGAAGGUGAAUCUGGUGGAGGAGAGUGAAAGUGAGGAUCUGCUGUCGAAGCCACCACCAUGUGGCGUAUCCCUGGACACCUAUCGCUGCUGGGUGAAGCCCACCUCCAGCAGCCACUCAAGUCAGCAGACGAAGCCACCACUCGUUGUGGUUCUGGGCGAAAAGGCAAAGCCUAAGUUUCAAAUCACGAUCAAGGAGCAGCAUCAUUCCAAUCAGAAGGCCUCUGCUCCGCCAGCACCUCCUCUUCCCAAGGCCCCUGUGCUGCCCAACAAGCCAGCUCCUACUCCCGCACCCGCAAAGCCUCCGGUAGCCCCCCAAAAGGCUGAGGAAAAGGAUGAAAAGCUCACCAAGGAGGACAUCCUAGACAUCAUUGGCUUGCGGUUUAGAUAGACGAAAAUGUCUGAAAUGAUUAUCCCACUGCUUUCUCAAACUGUCCUCUCAAGCUGAAUAUGCUUUGGUUAAUGUGUGUAAAAUUCCUUAUUAAAGU